AUGGCAUUUUUCUUACCUCUCCUAGAAAUAGCUCAAGUUCUUGAUGAACAUGUGAAUGAAUUCAAGUCGAUAGAGAAGUUCAAAAUUUUCAAUUCCAACAACUUAUGGGUGAACUUGAAAGCAAUCGAAAGACUUGUACAAGAAAGUGCAUUGAAGAUGGAGAUUAUUCCAAAUCCAAAGGUUUAUCAAUAUGGCAUUUCACAUUCAGUCUCCUCUCUACCAACAACCAAAGGUAGGCAACUUCUUAAGUCGUAUCAAGUCUAUUCCCAGUAUUGUUGAACUAGAUAGCCUGAAGAUGAGGGGUGAUGGUGGUUUGGAUCUGGCAUCACCC